CCGCCCCCCGUUUUGUCUUCUACCAGGAAGAAGGUCAUAAAUGUGAUGGUCACGCACCAUUUUAGUUUCCAAACCGCCGUUAAAACACAAUCAAGAAAGGGAGGUCGCUAACUCUUUCGAAAGAAAAAGUUAACGAACACGUCCAUGUCGACAUGGAGCCGAACAUCUACGCCAGGAUUAUUUUUUUCUGACCUCCAUGGGACUUUUACUCAUGCCUCAGACCUCGCGUCAGAGACAUCCCUCCAAACCUAAGCAUAUAACUAAGGACAGAAAAAGAAACUAACAAGAACCGCCCCUGCAUCCUCCCCAACCUGAACUGCCCAACGAGGAUGGAGACGAUCCUUCUAUGAGCACUUUUGGCAUCGCCGUCCAAGGCCUCCCCUUGGCCCUGUCCACCAUGACGCAAGCGGUUUCCUCAGACUCCCGCCUCAAGCCCAAAUGGCCGGUGAUCUCCGUGGCCGUCCUGCUGGCUUUGAUGCUGAUGUUGUACCUGCACCGCACGGGAGGGUACGGAGACUCUUCAGCCAGCCAGUCCCACCACAACAGUUUGCAAAUGUAUCAUCAGGGAAAUGACCAGAUGAUCUGGGACACUCAGAGACAACGUAUGCUGCGCGUCUCCCAGCUGUAUAAAAGGGAAAAUCCUUACAAUGACACGUACCCUCUAAGUCCGCCUGUGAAGACCAGCAAUGGCAUCAGGUACCGCAUCGCAGUCAUUGCAGACCUUGACACAGCGUCACGCAGCCCGAAGGACCAGACGUGGUUUAGCUACAUGAAAAAGGGUCACCUGACCGUCGCAGAAAGUGCCGACACACUGGAAGUGGAAUGGGAUGAGGAAACGAUCACACUGGAGAGUCACCUUGCGGAGAAAGGACGAGGUAUGGAGUUGUCCGAGCUGGUGGCGUUCAACGGGCAUCUGUACAGCGUGGAUGACCGCACAGGGGUGGUGUACAGGAUUGAUGGCAGGCGGGCGGUCCCCUGGGUCAUACUGCCUGACGGCGAUGGGUCUGUUUCCAAAGGCUUUAAGGCGGAGUGGCUUGCAGUGAAGGACCAGCAACUAUACGUUGGCGGUCUUGGCAAGGAGUGGACCACCACCACUGGCGAGGUGGUCAACCACCACCCGCAGUGGGUGAAAGUCGUCGGUUACUACGGUGAUGUUGAGCACAAGAACUGGCUGUCCAACUACAACGCCCUGCGGAGCGCUGCGGGGAUCAAACCACCAGGCUACCUUAUCCAUGAAUCUGCAGCAUGGAGCGAGCGGCUUCAGCGGUGGUUCUUCCUGCCUCGCCGCGCCAGUCACGAGCGCUAUGACGAGGGCGCAGACGAGCGGCGCGCUACCAACUUGCUGCUGUCCUGCCGAGUCGAUUUCAGCGACAUGACGACGCGCCGUGUUGGACCUCUGAACCCGACCCAUGGUUUUUCCUCAUUUAAAUUUGUUCCGGACACAGAUGAUCAGAUUAUUCUGGCCCUGAAAUCCAAGGAGGAUGCGGGCCGGAUCGCCUCCUACAUCGUUGCGUUUACGCUCGACGGCCGGUUGCUGAUGCCCGAGACAAAGAUCGGCGAUGUCAAGUACGAAGGCUUGGAGUUUAUUUGAAAAUAACGAGGCUUUUUUUCCAGUAACAUGUUGUUUGUGCCCCCACUUGUCUACGCACUGCAUUCUGUUUAAUAUCGCAUUUGCGAAUUGUGAUUAAGCAGGAAAGCUCACCCUUUUUUUAUACAUCUCACGGGGCGGGCCAUUUUGUCACCUGCUGCCGACUGAAAAGAAAUAUAUAUUACAAUUGCUCAGGGCUCAGGUAACAACCAAUCAGCACUCGGCUUCAGAAAACAGAAACGCCGUGGUCAUUAACCGAGCAACUGUGAUGUCAUUUUCAGUAGACGAUAAGUGGUAAAAUGGCCGCCCUACGAGAUCGAUAAAAACAGAUGGAUUUUGGUCAUUCCAUGAACAAAAUAUUCCUCAUAACACCAUGUUUAGACUCGUGAGGCUGCAUCCAACAAAUUACUGUCAAUUUUGGGGUUGACUUCCCCUCUAAUAUAAGCACACUGGUUCGCUUGAUCAUGAUUACCUUCAAAUAACACACAAAAUAUGCAAUUUGUCUCCUGUGGGUAAACUCUGCUGGCCAGACUCUCAGGGCUACCCGUGUAACAUCGCACACCAUUGAAUGUUCAGGAAAUACUUGAAUAGUUUUACUUAUAGCUUUGUCUUGAAAGGCUAUUUUCAUAUUUAUACUGACUAGAUUUUAAAUGUGUUCUCGUUCUAAUGAAUCACUAAAGCAAAUAAGCAACAGAAUUAUUGACUAUAAAAAUAAACCAUUAAUAUAUUUUGGAACUAAGCCACACAACAGAAUAAAUGUAUCCCCUAUGAGUGAUGUUUUGAGUGACAUUUUGUUUGCUGACCAUGGACAAGAAUAAAAAUUUAAGAGGA